CUCCGAGACGAAGUCAAAGAAAUGUUCACCGACACGCUCGAGUCGUACAACGUCCACGCCUACCCCGCGGAUGAGCUGAAGCCGAUGUCUUGCGAGGGUGUAAACACGUUCGGCAGCGAAUCGGGGUUCGCGGUGACGCUCAUCGACGCGUUAGACGCGAUGGUGGUGAUGGGGAACAAGACGGCGUUCGAGCGCGGCGUUCGAGCGGUGAUCGAUAACACGAGAUUCGACGUAGACGCGCACGUGAGCUUGUUUGAGAUGAAUAUUAGAGUCCUCGGCGGACUACUGAGCGCGCAUUUGCUGGCGAGCGAUGAGGCGACGGGGUUUGGGAUUGAGUGGUACGAGGACGAGUUGCUGGAGCUGGCGAACGAUUUGGGUGAGGCGUUUCUUCCAGCGUUUGAGACGAAGACGGGCAUACCGUAUGGUGCGGUGAAUUUGAAGUACGGUGUAGAAGUGAAUGAGACGACCAUUACGAGCACUGCUGCGGGAGGCUCGUUGAUUUUAGAGUUUGGGACGUUGAGCGCGUUAACGGGGGAUCCGCGAUUUAGGCGGGUCGCCGAAGCCGCGUUGGAAGCGUUGUGGGAUCACAGGAGUGACAUAGGCUUAGUAGGUGCACAUAUUGAUAUCGAAACCGGACAGUGGACGCAAGCCGAGGCGAGCGUCGGGGCCGGAAUCGACUCAUUUUACGAGUACAUGUUGAAGUCAUACAUUUUGUUUGGUAACGAAAGGCAUUUGGAAAUAUUUGAAGAAGCGUACGCAGCGGUAGAGGCACACGUGCGGUUAGCACCGUGGUACGUCGAGGCCGGUAUGAUGACUGGACAGUUGAUUAGCUCACGAUAUGACUCGUUGAUGUCGUUCUGGCCCGGCUUACAGGCGCUGUAUGGUGACAUCGAAACCGCGACGACGACGCACGACGCGUUUUUCCAGGUGUGGAAACAUUACGGUUUCACACCUGAAGGCUUUGACGUGCGGACGGGGGCGGCGAUUCCAGGGCAAAAGCCGUAUCCUCUGCGCCCAGAGCUCAUCGAAAGCACGUAUUUAUUGUACAAGGCCACGGGCGACGUGACGUACAUCGCCUGUGGUCGUGAUUUUUUGGCGAGUUUGCGUUUGCUCAAGACGAAUUGCGGUUACGCUCACAUGGCGGACGUUUCGACGCAAAAGCUCGUGGACAAAAUGGAAAGUUUCUUCUUAUCGGAGACGUUGAAGUACUUAUAUUUACUCUUCGACGCGGCUUUAGAUCGGGAGAACAUCGUGGAUGGCGGGCCGUAUCCAUAUUUGUUCACCACAGAGGCGCACAUUUUACCGCUC